CCAACAUCCCGCAUGUUGGUCCAACAUGUGAGCUGCAGAGGGAGGCUGUGAGGAUGAAGGUCUCUCCACAACUGCACUGAUUUCUUAUUUAUUUUUAUUUUUCUUAUUUUUUUUAUAAAACCAAACUCGAUAUGAAACGCAUGGAUUAUGGAUCGGAUGUGGAUAUUCUGCCAGGUCCUACUUGUUGUGCGUGUUUGCGUGAGUUCGUCGGUGCGUGAUGAGGACGACGCGUCCUGCGAUGGAGCGUUUGAUAUUUAUUUUGUUCUGGACAAGUCGGGCAGCGUGUGGGGCCACUGGGACGAGAUCUUUGGGUUUGUGGAGCAGCUCACCAGCAGGUUUGUCAGCCCCAGAAUGAGGGUUUCCUACAUCGUCUUCUCAGCUCGAGCCGUCGUGGUGCUUCCACUGACCGGAGACAGGUCGAAGAUCGACGAGGGUUUGAACGAGCUGAGCCAGAUCACUCCAGCCGGUGAAACGUACAUGCAUGAAGGCCUGAAAGCGGUGUCGGAGCAAAUGAAGACGCAAACUUCACCGACGUCCAGCAUCAUUAUCGUUCUGACUGACGGCAAGCUGGACGUGUACCCGUUUGAGCUGAGUGUGAAGGAGGCUGACCGGGCCAGAGGCUUCGGAGCCAGAGUGUACUGUGUCGGGGUCAUGGACUUCGACCACAAACAGCUCGCUGAAAUAGCAGACGGCACGGAGCAAGUCUUUCCAGUUCUGUCCGGGUUUCAUGCCCUCAAAGAUAUCGUCAACACGGUCCUGAAGCAGUCGUGCUCUGAAGUUUUCACAAUAGAGCCGUCGAGCGUUUGUGUGAAUGAGUCGUUCGACGUGGUUCUGAGGGGCAGCGGCUUCAGCGGAUCAAAGAGGACCGACAACAUACUCUGCUCCAUCACUUUCAAUCAAGUGGCGCACAAUCAGAAGCCGACAGUGGUCAGAGAUGGUUAUCUGCUGUGUCCUGCUCCGGUUCUGCACGAGGUCGGACAAUCAGUUGAAGUGCUGAUUAGCCUCAACAAUGGGAAGUCCUACAUCUCCAGUCCCAUCACCAUCUACGCCACAUCGUGUUCCAGUGGCUUGUGGGUGCUGUGGCUGCUGCUGGCCCUGCUGCUGCUGCUGGCCCUGGCUUUACUCUGGUGGUUCUGGCCUCUUUGCUGCACUGUGGUCAUCAGAGACCCCCCUCCAUCCCGGCCUCCUCCUCCUCCACCUCCUGUCAUUGAGCCAGAAGAGGAGCUUUCGCCCAAACACAAGUGGCCGACGGUGGACGCCUCGUACUACGGAGGCCGAGGUCCUGGAGGAAUCAAACGCAUGGAGGUCCGCUGGGGCCAGAAGGGAUCCACGGAGGAGGGCUCGCGGCUGGAGAAAGCCAAGAACGCUGUGGUCACUCUGCCGGAGGACGAGGACGAACCGAUUGUUCGCAGACCUCCGCCGAGACCUCCUCCCAUCUACAACCCCCCGCCACAGUCCAAAUGGUACACUCCCAUCAAGGGGCGUGUUGAUGCACUGCUGGCCCUACUGAGGCGACAGUACGACCGGGUGGCCAUCAUGAGGCCGACGCCUCAGGACAAGGGCCGCUGCAUUCACUUCACCAGAGUUCAGAGUCACUGAAAAACAAGGAUCAACUUUUCACUUUUUUUUUAUAAGUUCUGAGCCAAAAGAUGGCGAAUACGUACACUGAGACAUGAAUGUUGGAAAUCAUUGUGUGUUGUAAAUAAACGUCUUUACUUAU